AUGCGUUACUCUUCCGCCGCGGUGCUGAGCACCAUCGUCGUUGGCCAGGCUGCUGCCGCCAACCUCCACAACCGUCACGCCAGCUUCCACGCCCGCCGUCAAGCUGAGGUCAAGCGCAGCGCUGCCAACGAAGUUGACUGGAGCAAGGUCGCAUACGAUCUGAGCGAUGUCGACUGGAGCUCCGUCUUCGCCACCCCUACUCCUACUCCUGCUCCUGCGGCUGCCCCCAAGGUCGCUGAGGUUGCCGACUACAAGACCCAGGCCGAGCCCACGCCUUCCUCCACCAAGCAGGAGCCCACUACCACCAGCGCCAAGCCCGCCGCUACCUCCGCAGAGUCUAACGACCCUCUUGGUGACCUCGGCGACGCUUUGGACAACGUCGGUGACGCUAUCGGUGGACUCGUCAGCUCCAUCUUCGACGAUGUCCAGGACUGGGUCGAGGAGCUCGGCUGCAAGAAGGGUGUGAACAAGCAGUCACAGUGGGAUGGUAUCUGGGUUGGCGGUGACAGCAAGUGGAAGGCCGAGUUCAUCAACGACCGCUCUGACCAGGAUAUGCUCCUGUUCUGCUGGAGGGCACUCGGCUACUCUGGCAUGUCUGUCAAGGCCAACCAGCCCGACAUCUCAGUCAAGAUCCCCGCCGGCAAGUCCCUCGAGCUCUCCUGGAAGGAGGGUGUCCCCUCUGCUUGCGCUCCCGUCUUCCCCGGCUACAAGGAUGACGGCUUCCAAAUCAACAACACCUGGUGGGAGGUAACCUUCGGUGCCUCGGGUGCUUUCGAUGUUUCGCGUAACAUCAACAUGAACGGUGACAGCAUUAGCUCCAAGGGCUCCAAGUGCGUCUCCGACAUGAACACCUGUGUCUUCAAGUGCAAGAACGGCCUGGACACCUGCGAGCAGGGUUCCGACUACGACCUCUUCAACUGCAACUCCAGCGGUGGCGGCGGUGGUGGCUACGACCCAAUCAUGGCCGGUACCGGUGGUGGUUGCUCCAUGGGCCAGAACGGUGAGACCGUCAAGGUUGUCAUCUCCUAA